GGCUUCCAUCCUGGAUGAGUAUGAGGACUCGCUGUACCGCUCCGCCUCCGUGCAGCAGAGCCGCGCCGCCGUGGGCAUCCCGCACUCUGGAAGACCAUAAAGAGUGCUGUCCUCAGGAGUAGAAUGGCCUCUGCAAGUCCCAUGUUUUUGAGUGCAGAGAUCUACCCAUCUUCAAUGAAAACUAAAUCUGUCACACUGCUUCUCUGUGCUGCCACACCGUGUGACAGGUUCUUCCAUCUUAAAAGUUUCAGUCUGUUAAUGGCUUGCCUAUGGCUGGGCUUUUGCCUUUCCCUUAUGGAAAGGAAUGAGUUUGAAGUGCAUCCUGUGCUAUGCCCAUCUGCACUGAAGUUACCUCCACAGCAAUGUCUCGGGCAGUUGAGAGUGUCAAACCAGAGCCCUCUUGGUGUCUCCUGUAACACCAGCCAUUCUUUCCUGUCUUGAACAAAGAAACCAUCAACCAAGGUGAACAAAUAGGAUACGUGAAUGCUCGACUGGAGAAGGAAACACCAAUAUUCAACAAGCAAAGGAUUGAUUUUGCUCCUCCAGAGAAAAUUAACAGCUUAGUGGUCUCCUCUAACCAGCUUUGUAUGAGCCUUGGCAAAGACACCCUUCUCAGGAUUGAUCUUGGGAAGCCAGAUGAACCCAAUCAGGUAGAGCUGGGACGCAAAGAUGAAGCCAGAGUCUACAAGAUGUUUUUGGACCACACAGGCUCUCACCUCCUGAUUGCUCUGAACACCAGCGAAUGCCUUUACCUGAACAGGAGCAUCCAGAAAGUGCGAGCUCUCUCCCGCUGGAAAGGCCACUUGAUUGAAAGUGUGGGCUGGAACAAAUUUCUUGGUUCAGAGACCAACACUGGGCCUGUCCUAGUGGGGACAGCCCAGGGGCAGAUCUACGAGGCCGAAAUCUCGGUCAGCGAGGGAAGCCUCUUCAGCACUAAUCCCGACCAGUACUUCCGACAGGUCUACACUCUGGAGGAGGAAUCGGGACCUGCCCCGGUCUGCUGCUUGGAAAUCGAGAGAGGGAUAGAAGGGAAGUUCUUUAUUAUAGCCACCACUCGAAAGAGACUCUUCCAGUUUGUUGGCAAAGUGCCUGAAGGGACAGAGCAGCAAGGCUUCAGCUCCAUAUUUGCUCUGCACGCUGACCAUCUGCCCAGCUUCCGGGAGUUUCCGGCUAACCUUGGUUUCAGUGAGAUAGCCUUUUACACCCCAAAGCUACGCUCCAGCCCACGCUCCUUUGCCUGGAUGAUGGGCAAUGGUGUUUUAUAUGGUACCCUGGACUACAGCCGUCCCGAUUCCAUUCUGAGUGAUGAACGAGUCUGGGUUUAUCCUUCUGAUAUUGACAUAACUGUGAACAAGCCAAUAUCCAUUGUACUCACCCAGUUCCACUUCCUCUUGUUGCUGCCUGAUCGAGUGAAGGCCGUUUGCACGCUGAACGGGCAGGUUGUUUUUCAAGAUCUGUUUCUGGAGAAGUUUGGCUUACUGACACGCAUGAUCAAAGAUCCCACAGUCCAGCAGAUAUGGAUCCACACCGAGAAAGUCGUGUUCCGCUACCACGUCCAGCGGGAGUCCAGAGAUGUGUGGAAGAUGUAUAUGAACAUGAACAAAUUUGAUUUAGCCAAAGAGUACUGUAAAGACCGCCCCGAGUGCCUCGAUAUUGUGCUGGCAAAAGAGGCAGAGCACUGCUUCCAAAAUAAGAGGUACCUAGAGAGUGCCAAAUGUUACGCGCUGACCCAGAACUACUUUGAGGAGAUUGCCCUUAAGUUCAUUGAAGCCAAGCAAGAAGAAGCCCUGAUGGAGUUUCUGAUUAAGAAGCUGAGUAACCUCAAGCCUUCUGAGAAGACCCAGACCACUCUGCUGACCACGUGGCUGACGGAGCUGUACCUGAACUGGUUGGGUAUACUGGAAGGAGAUCCCACGCAGCGCAAUCUCUAUUUGGAUACGCGGGAGAAGUUUCGCACUUUCCUCAGCAGCCCAAGGAACAAAGACUGUCUGUUUAACAACAGGGCAUCUAUUUAUGAGCUGCUGGCAAGCCACGGGGACACAGAGCACAUGGUCUACUUUGCAGUCAUCAUGCAGGACUACGAGCGUGUAAUAGCUCACCACUGCCAACACGAUGAGUACGAUGAGGCCCUAAACGUGCUGUCCAGGCACAGAGAUGAGAAGCUGUUCUACAAGUUCUCUCCAGUCCUCAUCCAGCAUAUUCCCAAGAAGGUAGUUGAUGCUUGGAUUUCAAUGGGCUCUAGACUGGAUGCCAGGAACCUCAUUCCAGCCCUUGUCAACUACAGCCAGAGUGCCAGCACCCAGCAGAUCAAUGAAGCCAUUAGGUAUAUGGAAUUCUGUGUCUAUCACUUGGAGGAAACCCAGCAAGCCAUUCACAACUACCUGUUGUCUCUUUAUGCUUUGUGUCGGCCGGACUCGCUCCUGUCAUACCUGGAGCAAGCAGGAACCAACCCAAACAGGAUCCACUAUGACCUGAAGUACGCGCUGCGCCUGUGCGCAGAGCACGGGCACCACCGCGCCUGUGUCCAUAUUUACAAAGUGAUGGAGUUGUAUGAGGAGGCUGUGGAUCUUGCCUUACAGGUGGAUGUUGAUCUUGCCAAGUCCUGUGCAGAUCUCCCUGAAGAUGAUGAGGAACUGCGGAAGAAGCUCUGGUUGAAGAUCGCUCGCCAUGUCGUUCAGGAGGAGAAAGAUGUGAAGAAGGCAAUGGCCUGCCUCUCCAGCUGUGCCCUGCUGAAGAUCGAAGACGUCCUGCCGUUCUUUCCAGACUUUGUCACUAUUGACCAUUUCAAGGAGGCCAUUUGUAACUCCCUGGAAGACUACAACAAGCAUAUUGAGGAGCUGAAAAGGGAGAUGGAAGAGGCCACACAGAGUGCCAAGAGAAUCCGAGAGGACAUCCAGGAAAUGAGAAAUAAAUAUGGCUCUGUGGAGCCUCAGGAAAAAUGUGCUGCUUGUGACUUUCCACUUCUAAACCGCCCUUUUUACCUUUUCUUGUGUGGUCACAUGUUUCACUAUGACUGUCUCCUCCAAGCAGUUUUCCCAAACCUUCCUGCCUAUAAGCAGGCAAAACUUGAAGACCUUCAGAAGAAGCUGGCAGCUACUGGCCAGCCUUCCAAGAGCCACCAUCGCACCAAGGACGCAGAUACCAUCAGCCUGGGCAAGGGGCAGCAGAGCCGGGAGCAGAUCAAAGCUGACAUUGAUGACAUUGUGGCAGCCGAGUGCGUGUACUGUGGGGAGCUGAUGAUCCGCUCCAUUGACAAACCUUUUAUUGAUCCCCAGAAGUAUGAAGAGGAGAUGCAAAGCUGGCUGUAGUUUUCCCUCACAUCUUCAACUGUCAGUGCACCAGCGUGGUUCUGUUCACGACUUGAGAAGCUUCUGUGGUGGGAGCAUAACCUCUAGAAGCAGGAACAGAGUGGCUUCUGUGGAACUCAUAAAGAGCAGUAGGGUUUUGUUAUCUGGGUUAUAGUGAAGUACUCUUGAAAAUGGGGAGAUAGAGCUAUGGCUGUCUAAGGACUUGAACAACAGUUAGAGCUAACCUACUGGAAUAUAUUUCACAGGUCUUCACUGCUUGCAGUUCUGAGGUUCUCAGUGUGAAGCUAAUGGGGUGCCUUGUUGUCCAGGAAGGAUUGAGUACAGCCUUAUGAUGUGUCUUCCCUGUUGUGUGAUACUUGUUUUGGUGAAGACAAGCUUAAAGAGAGAGAUAGUGAAGAACACUAAGCAGUGCAGUCUUAAUUCAUCACUUUCAAAGCUAGAAUUGCCUUCUGUUUCCAUUUUUGCUGAGUCUGUACCCACAUACAUGGAAAGAACAGGAAAGGACAAAUGCUGGUGCAUAUGUGUUUUGUAAACAUCAUGCUACACAUGCUCUACGUGUUUCUACACAGUGUAAUAUAAAAGUGUGCAUAAUUCUCAAGCAGGAGUAUCUCAUAAUACACUUCAGUCAUUUGCCUGCAAUUCAAGGUGUGUAAUUCUCUUUCCCACAAGCUUUAUGGAUAAGCCCAUAUGUUUGAAUUAUCUCUUGCUGUUGUUUCUGGCUAUACUUCCUUUCUUCCCUCUCUCUAUCCUAAUUCUACUGUGACUGUCUUUGUGUUGUGUGUCUGGGUUUUGUCAUUGCCCCAAACCAAAACUGGUAUGUCCACUAAGGCUUGAACUGAGAACUCUGCAAACAGGAGCACAGCCUGUUUGUGUUGUCCUGCUGUGCUGCUCUUCAAGCUACACUUGAGCACCAGACUACAGAUCUGGUUAUAGGUUCCCUCAAGGGUCAACUACAGAAGAAUUCUGUUGGGGUGAAAUUUGGUUUGCCAUUUGAAGCCAGUACCUUGGGAGCAGGCAGUCUUCAGUAUUUGAUACUUCCUGGAAGUGGCUGCAGGUCAAUGUUCCUGUCUAUUGCUCUGGCUUGGAAAAUUCUUCCCAAAAGGUGACAAUUGCAGUUAAGGGAUCAAAACAUUUUCUUGAGUGAUUUAGCAAAGGUUCCUUCUUUUAUUUUUGAAGAAACUAAAUGUUAAUACAGUUCUCGUGUUCGGGGCUGCAUCCCAAAGGUGGUAAUUGACAGAAGACUGGAAGGAUCUAAAGGAAAAAAUACAGGGUUUGUAAUUAAGGCAAUAGAAAAUACUGUCUCCUGAAAAACAUCUUCAGUUCUCUCAUGUGAAUGGAUGUGCUUAUCCAGAGGAUCUGCCAGUCAUCCUGUUCAUAGGGUUGUAGGAAUGGGUCUGCCUGUUACUGAAAGGGAAUAUAAACUUGAUUCCUCAAGGAGCUGACCUAAGAGUUUUGAUAACCAUUCAGAGCUCCAGAACAUCCCUGCUUUUGUUGGCAGCUUAAGCAGGGAAUGAGGGAAGGGAUUGUAUCUGUGUAAAAUGACAUGAGUGAUAAAAAGCAGAGCUGACAGUAGGAAGACCUGAGGUUUUGGAAUCCUCUUUUCAUUGUUAGAGCAGUGGGAUAGACAGUCUCAUUCCUACCUGGUAGUGGUUGUUGCUGGUUUAUCCAAACCCCCUGUUUCACUAGUUCUGUUAGGCUAUGGUCCAGAAACCUGUAGUUUUCCUUGGCUCUGGAGAUCCUUUUGCUUGAAGUAAGUUAAUGAGUCUGUCAGAAGAAUUUGUGAUGAGAACUAAAUGUGAUGUCUUUUGAAGUUCAACAUGAAACCUGUUAUAACUGGCCACUCCUGAAUCAUCAUCUGUUCAUGGAAGCAGGCUGAUAUGUAAGGUUGUACAUGUCGCUGUAAAGCAAGCCCCCAAGACAGUUUCUGUUCAAAGACCAGUGGCUGUUUUUCUGCCCUGUAGCAGAAACAUGAGUAGCAGCUCAUCCUGAUGCAGGGAGUAAUUUCAAGUUCUUUAUUUUCUUUGAGGUGUGCUUAAUGCUUGUACCAUCUCUUUCCUUUUGGGUUUUUAUGGAAUGCUUUCCUGGUAUGUGAGAAGUAUUGCAGUACUCCAUUCUUGUCCUGUUAGUCCUGUUAGAGCAGCUCCAUCCCUGUUUCUGUUGUGCUCUGAAGAUGAGCAAUAUUUACUUCUAGACCAUUCCAGGAAGAUCUACUCAUGCAUAAUAUGGGAAGAAAUGUGUGACUGUGGCAACCAAGGCAUAGCAACUAAAUAAAACCCCUCAAGUCUUUGCCUGACAUGGGGUGGUGGUAGAAGGCACCUCAAGAUCCACUAAUUGCAGUCUAAGGUAUUAACAUGUCUCAGUUCAUUAGAACUAGAUUGGAGGGUUUUUUAAUGCCUAGAAUGCAACAUUCUCUGAGGGCUGUAGGCUUCUGCACCACAUACAGAUAUCACAUUGUUAACUGAAAAGUCUUUAGGUCAUUCUGUGUUAAGGCUGUGGAGAGUGUCAAUAUCUGCAAAGACUCCAGCAAAUAAAGCUCUCUUUUGACCUUU